AUGACCUACACAUCGGAAAAGCCGGAGGACCCUGAAACAGGGCUGUUGAUCAAGUCACCAGUGAAAUAUGAAACAGAUGAGAAGAUCGAAUACGCCAGUGAUCAUGGCUCCGAGGAAUCUACGGAGCGAUUGAUCCCCGGACCUAGCUUCAUUAUCUGGACUGGGAUCAACAUCCUCUCCACCGUUGCCAUUGUCUUCACGAACAAAUCCAUCCUCUCAGACCCCUCCUUCCGCAACUGCCAAGUAUCCUUCGCAGCAUACCAUUUCUUCGUCACAGGCGCCACAUUAUGGGCCGCAUCGCGCCCCUGGUGUGGCUUCUUCGUCCCCAAAAGCGUAGCAAUCGUCCAGAUGCUCCCGCUCGCCGCAGCAAUGGGCGUCCAAGUGAUUCUCCAAAACCUAGGACUCGCACACUCCUCCGUCAUGUUCCACCAGCUGGCCCGCUUGCUCCUCACCCCAGUAACCGCCUUGCUCAACUACCUGCUCUACGGGGCUAGGGUCCCGCGAGCCGCCAUCCUGCCACUCAUCCUCCUCUGCAUCGGCGUAGGAAUGGUCUCCUACUACGACAGCCUCCCCACGACGGAAGGCAAAGUCACCACCUCGCUCUCGGGCAUCCUGUUCGCAUUCUCCGGGGUGGGCGCCAGCGCAAUCUACACGGUGUGGAUCGGCCACUACCACAAGAAAUUCGAGAUGAGCAGCAUGCAGCUACUGCUCAACCAAGCCCCCGUCAGCGCGGGCUUGCUCCUCUGCACCAUCCCCUGGAUCGAGACGCCGCCAACAGUCUCGUCCGUGCCGGGAUCUACCUGGAUUCUUAUCUUGAUGAGCGGCAUCUUCGCCUGUCUGGUCAAUCUCUCCGGGUUCUACAUCAUCGAUGCCGCAGGGCCAGUCAGCAGCACUGUCAUCGGACAAUUGAAGACCUGCAUUAUUGUGGGGCUGGGCUGGGCAGCCAGCCGCCAUGUCAUCAUGCGACAGAGUAUUUUGGGGGUCUUUAUGGCGUUGGUGGGCAUGAGCAUGUAUAUGAAUAUUGUUCUCCGGAAUCAGAGCAAGGCUUGA